UACCAAAAAUUAAACAUAUAAAUAAAAACUUUUAUUUCCCCCAUCUGCUCCGCCCCAUUUUCUGCCUUUACCAAACACACAGAAAAAGAAAAAGGAGAACUUGAAAUACGGACAUGUCGGACGAGGAGCAUCAUUUCGAAUCCUCUGACGCUGGCGCCUCCAAGACCUACCCUCAGCAGGCUGGUACCAUCCGCAAGAACGGCUACAUCGUCAUCAAAAACCGUCCCUGCAAGGUUGUUGAAGUUUCCACCUCCAAGACUGGGAAGCAUGGCCAUGCUAAGUGUCACUUUGUUGGAAUUGACAUCUUCACUGCCAAGAAGCUGGAAGAUAUUGUUCCCUCUUCCCACAACUGUGAUGUUCCGCAUGUCAACCGUACUGACUACCAGUUAAUUGACAUUUCUGAGGAUGGAUUUCUGAGUUUGCUGACUGAAAGUGGAGACACUAAGGAUGAUCUGAGGCUCCCAACUGAUGAGAACUUGGUGAAGCAGAUCAAGGAUGGUUUUGCCGAGGGGAAAGACCUGGUUGUGUCUGUUAUGUCUGCAAUGGGGGAGGAGCAGAUCUGCGCUCUCAAGGACAUUGGUCCCAAGUAGUUUGAAAUUGAUUUGCAGACUGUUAUUGCAAUUUUAAAUGGAAAGACUUGGUUAUCCAAGACUUGUCUAGGUAUAGAUGCUGUUUGGACUUUGGAUGAGUUGUUAUGUUUGGUUUGGAUACGAAAAAACACCAUUACUAGUUUCUUUGUUGUGCUAUGGCUUACCGUUUAUGCUGUCAAGGCUUUGCUCUUGGUUUU